UAUCGUGAGUGUUUUUAUUUGUAAAAAACAAUUAUCAUUGCCACGCGGUCCACGUUUCUUUUUUUUAUUAAUUAUAAACGGUACUGGCACCGCAUCGCAAAUUCAUCAAUACCGCUAUCCAAAUCCGCAACGGUGCUUUACGGACCACGUUUAUCAUCUUAUUAAAUAAACGGCACUGGUACCGUAAAAUAAUUUCACCGGUUUGCUGUAUCACCACAUCGCUGCAAAAAUCCGCAACGGUGCUUUACGGACCACGUUUAUCAUUUUUCAUAAAUAAACGGCACUGGUACCGUGAAAUAAUUUCACCGGUUUGCUGUGUAACCACAUCGCUGCCAAAAUCCGCAACGGUGCUUCACGGACCACGUUUAUCAUUUUCUGGAAAUAAACGGCACUGGUACCGUAAAAUAAUUUCACCGAUUUGCUGUGUCACCACAUCGCUGCCAAAAGCCGCAACGGUGCUUUACGGACCACGUUUAUCAUCUUAUUAAAUAAACGGUACCGCUACUGCUGUUUCACCAACAUCGCUGUUUUUCAAAUUUUCCAAUCAAUGGACUGUUGCUGUAAUAGGAGACCAAAGGAUUGUCAGGUUCGUGGGACGGAGAGGAUUGCCAGAUCGAAUUUACUGCGACAACGCAACAAAUUUCGUGGGAGCCUGCCGAGAGCUGAAAGAACUGCAACAAACGUUCAAAGUACAGAAAGACCAGCUGGUGUCAUAUGCUGCACAAGAGGGAAUCGAGUUUGUCUUCAUACCGCCUCGCGCACCACAUUUCGGAGGAUUGUGGGAAGCCGCCGUAAAGUCCGCGAAACAUCUAUUACUUCGAACAGCGGGCAGCGCAAUGCUAACCAACGAGGAACUGCAAACAUUGGUAAUUCAGGUGGAAGCCGUUCUCAAUUCAAGACCAAUCGAACCUCUCAGCCAAGAUCCAAACGACGGUCAAGCACUAACACCAGCACAUCUACUAAUAGGGGAUUCUCUGCGCACGCUGCCGCAAGAAUCAACGCUCGACGUGCAAAACAGCAAUCUGAAUUAUGCGCAGAGAUGGCGGCUGCUAUGCGAGCUCAAACGCAGAUUCUGGCGGGCCUGGUCCAAGGACUAUAUCCUCAACUUGCAAACAAAAACCAAAUGGAUCUUGGAACAGCCGAACGUAGCAGUCGGCCGUCUCGUCGUUGUCCACGAAGACAAUCUUCCCCCUCACCAAUGGUUGAUCGGCAGGGUCCAAGGUACGGUAGUCGGGAGCGACGGCAGGGUACGAGUGGUAGACGUUAGAACAAAGAAUGGAGUCAUAAGAAGGCCAAUUCACAAAUUGGGGUUGCUUCCAACUUGAACACCUAUGGUGCUUCAACGUGGCCGGUGUUAAGACAUUUACAAACAUAUUUAUUUUAUUUAAUUUAUUUAUUUUAACUUCAUUUGAAUUAAUGUUAAAUACUAAUCUCUAUUCACCACUUGCGCACUUCAACCGAUAAAAAGCUCAUCUCAAAUUAACUAUAUGGCAACGCUUGCCUUUACUUCUUUUAAUACGGUUGUGCAAUGCACUUUUGCCUUUGGGUUUCUUUCUUUUUAUUUUACUCGCAGACUAAGACGGUCGGUUCGGUGAAGUGCGCAAGUGGCAAUUGAACUUAACAAAUUAAUUUUGAAUAAAACAUAAAUAGUGAAAUCAUAGAUCCCGUUUUUAAUUUUGA